GGGCUCCCCGCGCGGGACUCUGUUUCCUGCUCUGGGUCCCUUUCCCUGCGUCUCCACGUCGCGGCCGGCGUGCUGGGCGCUCGGUGGGCAGAGACGGAAGAGGGGGACCUACGGGGGCCGCCGUGCCGCCGCCAUCCUGCGCCCCCACGCCGGUCCUCGGCGCAGGGUCCGCAGCCCCGGCCCUCGUGAGGCCACGUGGGCAUGCCCGGUCGCCACGCCGAAUAAGGGGCGCGUAGCUGGGGAAGGAGAUAGGGACCCGGUAGCAAGAGUCUGGGAUUCUCGCCCGGCCCAGCCGCUGGUUCGUUCCGUUGUGUGACUUGGGUCGACUGCCUUCCUCCAGUCGCCUCAUCUGUACAGUGACCGGUGAGGGCAAUGCCCGCUCUGCCUACUCCCGAAGAUUCGAUGCCAGGGGACCGCCAAGUGUGGGAUAGAUCGCUGGUCCAUUAAGUCCUCUAUUCCUGUGUCUCACAUCGGGCAAGUGGAGAAGAAAAUCUGGUGCUUCUUCCUUCGGCACCAAUGGGAGAUUUAAGCCAGGGCAUUUUCUCUGCUGCAUCCUCAGCCUCGCCGCCGGGAGGCAGGAAUCUCUGGGUUUGAUAAGAGAAAAAAGGAGAGCGGGGACCCAGAACCUCCUCCCGACUUCCGCCCCCUCAUUCUGGCCUCCAGAUCCUCUGCACUAAGCGGGUCCUGACCUAUUUGCCAGACUCGCUGUUCCUCCCUCCUCUCCUCAAACCACCUCCGCGUCCUGCCCCAGCUUCUGGGUUUCACAACUCCUGCACCGUCGGCGAGCCGCCCUUUUGCUUGACACACCCCCUAACUAACCAGGACCAGCAAAAGAAGAUCCCAUCCCGAGACCCCCUUUUUUUUACUGGGUUCCUGGCGCUUCCGCCUCCGGGGCGAAGACUCCUCCCCCUCCCCGUCCCAAUUGUAUUCCCUGGAAGAGCAGCCGGAAAAGCCGCCGCCGCCAGAAGCGGGUCCCUCCUCGCAGCCCCGUGCACGCCCCACAAUUGCCGCGGCAUCCUGGGCCCCGCUCCCAGCCGGGCGGGCGGCGCGGGCUCCGGCGAGACUUCAGCACCACGGACAGCACCCGGCCCGGCCCUCAGGCCCGCCCGCCCUCGGCGCGCUCCCGCGGGUCUAGGUGCGGCGGCGAGCGAUGCCCACAGCAUGGCCUGGUGCUCCGAGCCCAUGGCGCUGCUCCUCGGUUUCGGCCUCCUCUGGCUGUGCUCAGGAGUCUGGGGUACGGACACAGAGGAGCGGCUGGUGGAGCAUCUCCUGGAUCCUUCCCGCUACAACAAGCUUAUCCGCCCAGCUACCAAUGGCUCUGAGCUGGUGACCGUACAGCUCAUGGUAUCACUGGCCCAGCUCAUCAGUGUGCAUGAGCGGGAGCAGAUCAUGACCACCAAUGUCUGGCUGACCCAGGAAUGGGAGGAUUAUCGCCUUACUUGGAAGCCUGAGGAGUUCGACAACAUGAAGAAAGUUCGGCUCCCUUCCAAACACAUUUGGCUCCCAGAUGUGGUCCUAUACAACAAUGCGGACGGCAUGUAUGAGGUGUCCUUCUACUCCAAUGCCGUGGUCUCCUACGACGGCAGCAUCUUCUGGCUGCCGCCCGCCAUCUACAAGAGCGCCUGCAAGAUCGAGGUGAAGCACUUCCCGUUCGACCAGCAGAACUGCACCAUGAAGUUCCGCUCCUGGACCUACGACCGCACGGAGAUCGACCUGGUGCUCAAGAGCGACGUGGCCAGCCUGGACGACUUCACCCCCAGCGGCGAGUGGGACAUCGUGGCGCUGCCAGGCCGGCGCAACGAGCACCCCGACGACUCGACUUACGUGGACAUCACCUACGACUUCAUCAUCCGCCGCAAGCCGCUCUUCUACACCAUCAACCUCAUCAUCCCCUGCGUGCUCAUCACCUCGCUGGCCAUCCUGGUCUUCUACCUGCCGUCCGACUGCGGCGAGAAGAUGACGCUGUGCAUCUCCGUGCUGCUGGCGCUCACCGUCUUCCUGCUGCUCAUCUCCAAGAUCGUGCCGCCCACCUCCCUGGACGUGCCCCUGGUCGGCAAGUACCUCAUGUUCACCAUGGUGCUCGUCACCUUCUCCAUCGUCACCAGCGUGUGCGUGCUCAACGUGCACCACCGCUCGCCCACCACGCACACCAUGGCGCCCUGGGUCAAGGCCCUGUUCCUGGAGAAGCUGCCCCCGCUGCUGUUCAUGCAGCAGCCGCGCCACCACUGCGCCCGCCAGCGCCUGCGCCAGCGGCGGCGCCAGCGGGAGCGAGAGGGCGCCGGAGCCCGCUUUUUCCGCGAAGCCCCGGGGGCCGACUCCUGCACGUGCUUCGUCAACCACGCGUCCGUCCAGGGCGUGGCGGGGGCCUUCGGGGCGGAGCCCGCGCCGGUCCCUGGGCGCGCGCGGGGCCCCUGCGGCUGUGGCCUCCGGGAGGCGGUGGACGGCGUGCGCUUCAUCGCGGACCACAUGCGCAGCGAGGACGAGGAUCAGAGCGUGAGCGAGGACUGGAAGUAUGUCGCCAUGGUGAUCGACCGGCUGUUCCUUUGGAUCUUUGUCUUCGUCUGUGUCUUUGGCACCAUCGGGAUGUUCCUCCAGCCUCUCUUCCAGAACUACACCACCGCCACCUUCCUCCACGCAGACCACUCGGCUCCCAGCUCCAAGUGAGCCUCCCUCACCCGCUCCACGGCCCUUCACCCCUCUGCCCUCUGUUGUACAAUCGUUUUGGGUGGAAGAGGAUGAGCUACCAGGAAGAGGGGCGCUGCCCACAAAGAUCCAUCCUUCCGCGUCACCUGGAGCCCCUCCCCCCACCCACAGCCAGCUCCACCUGGCAGCUGGGCCAGCCGCUCUCCUCCUCCUGCACCCGUAGUGUUGCUGGUUGAGGAUGAGGCCGAGAAAAGGAGGGUGGAGAGAUCAGCGACUUCCAGCCUGAGGAAAGUGUGAAGGGGAAGGGGCCGAGAAGGGGCCAGAAUCUUCCACUGCCUUCCAGUCACGGGAAAGGGUGAGAGGGACAGGGGCUCCAGCUCUGUGCUGGGCCGGCCCAACACAAUGGCAGCUCAGAAGGGAGGAGCGAGAGGAAAGAGGCCUGGGUGUGACCGGAUGCUUGCCUCAGCCCCAGGGACU